AUGCCAAAAAAGCACCGUGACCGAAUUUUCCAUCUAAUCGCCAUUCCUGCCGGCACAUCCCCACCGCCGAGGAGUUCGACGGCGAUGCCUCGGAAAUCGUCCAAGGGGGAUGGGAAGGCCGCCGCCGACGCACUCCGACGCCUCGACCUCGACGCCUCCGCCGCCGAGGAUGCACCCGUGGAGACGCCGCCUCCGCGUCCCGAGGCCCCCGCGCCGCCGGUGGAAGCUUCUUCAUCCGGCACCGCCGCGGUGGGUGGCGGCCCGGAGGAAGAGGACUUGAGAAGGCUCCACGAGCUGGUGGGAUUCGGUCGGGAGAGAGUGGAGUUAACUGAGGAGGAGGUGCGCGCCAACCAUCAGAGGCAGGAGGACGAGAUAUGUGCCCUGGAAGCGAUUUUCGGCGACAACCUAGUCAUGUUCAAUAGAAAGGAGGGUCAGCGAUCUUUCCAGGUUCAUGUGAAUAUUGAGAUCCCAGAAGAUGGUAAAGAUGUAUCGGUGAGGCUCGGUUUUGGUACUGGAGCACUAGAUUAUAAGCAAGUACAUGGUCAUGAUGGCGAUGCCAGCGAUGAGCUGUUUUACAAGUUUAGGGUUCAGCAUUUACCUUCGAUGCUGCUAUCAUGCCUCCUGCCUUCGUCAUACCCUAGCCAUCAACCACCCUUUUUCACUAUAUCCACCGAAUGGCUGGACAGAGUGAUGAUUUCAUCAUUAUGUCACAUGCUGGAUAUGACCUGGGAAGAGCAACAGGGCAUGGAAGUAAUAUAUCAGUGGGUGCAACGGCUCCAAAGCUCUUCCCUUUCUUACUUAGGGUUUGGUGAUGAGAUAAUUUUAAGCAAGGGUGAUCAAACGUGUGCUCAAGAUGGUGGGGAUAAGCGUGCUUUAACACACAAUGCUCCACCUGAUGUUACAAUUCCAAGGAUUAUUAGAUACAAUGAUGAUAAGCGUCAUGAGGCCUUUUUGUAUGCUAUCCAUUACUGCGCAAUUUGUUUCAGCGAGUUUCCUGGUGUCGAUUUCAUCAAACUUCCAUGCCAUCAUUUCUUUUGCCAGAAAUGCAUGCAAACAUAUUGCAAAAUGCAUGUCAAGGAAGGAACUGUAGUGAAGUUGUUGUGUCCCGAUACAAAAUGUGGAGCCGUUGUUCCUCCCAAUAUAUUGAAAAGGUUGCUAGGGGAGGACGAGUUUGAACGUUGGGAAACAUUGCUUCUUCAGAGAACUCUUGAUGCAAUGGUUGAUGUCGUUUAUUGUCCGAGAUGUCAAACUGCUUGCUUGGAAGAUGCAGGUGAUGAAGCCGUGUGUCCAAGUUGUUUGUUCAGCUUCUGCGCACUUUGUAGAGGGCGACGUCAUGUUGGGGUUGAAUGUUUAUCUGCAGAAGAAAAACUUCAAAUUUUGGAGGAACGUCAAAAGUCUGCACGAACAAAGGGAGACAUCCAGAAGCUUAUGGAUGAAGUAUGCAGUAUCAAGGAAAUUUUGAAGGAUGCAAAGCAGUGCCCGCAUUGCAAGAUGGCUAUAUCUAAGAUUGAGGGAUGCAAUAAGAUGACCUGUUGGAACUGCGGUGGAUUUUUCUGCUACCAAUGCAACGCUGCAAUUAGUGGAUACGAUCAUUUCAAGGGUGAUUGUGUGAUAUUUGAUCAGGUUGAAAUCGAUAGAUGGCGGAUGCCAAUGAAUCGAAGGGUACACCGCAUGGUUGUUGGACAAGCUCAGGUUGCCUUGCUCGCCCGAGGACAUGCUUACCCGUGUCCUACCUGUGGCCAAGCAAUUCGAAAGAUUGGAAACAACAACCAUCUCUACUGUUGGUCUUGCAACCAACACUGCUGCGCAUUGUGCCGCACGUCUGUCCAGAAGAUGUCACAGCAUUUUGGUCCAACGGGAUGUAAGCAACAUACUGAAAAUCCAUGAUGCUAUGCGCGCAGCCUCAAAUUAAUUGCAAUGCCCAAAGGUUCUCUUACAUUGCAAGACUCGUAACAGCAUUUCCUUUCUGGUGUAUGUUUCUUUGUUAAGAAUUUGUCUGUCCCCUUGUAUGAUUAACAAAAUCUUUUAAACCUGUGAGGCGAAUUAAGUUAAAUGUUUCGUGGCUGGAAA